AUGUUCCAUUUCACGCCGAUCAAUGCUCCGCAAAGGCCACCUCCCACGCCACCUCGCCCGACUGCCUCACAGGCCGACGCCGAUGACUGGCGCUUCGAGGAUAUUGAGGAUGAAACAAACAGCAGCGCUUAUGGAACGGCGGAAGAGGUGUUCGAGCAAGCAGGACCAUCUGUAGCGUCCAAGUGGCUCUCGUCCAAGAGUUCAGUUGCUCUCUCCCAGCCAUGUGCACUAAGAAUAUCACCGUCUCGUUCUCGCGACUUUGGACCACCGCUCCGCACUACCAGCACUUCAGACGCCUCCAGUGGACGUGGCCACACUUCACGCUCCAAGGCGUCGCCUCCAAACUCCACACUUGGCCCCCGCGGUGAGGAGACCGCCGACGAGAGGGAGGCUUGGGACCUCAUCGAAUCAGUUUUCAAUGACGUGCACUCAUCACCCUCCAGCCUAGCCAGGUCCCCGCUACUGGGAUACCUGGAUCCGGCCACUUCCAGCCCGCCUGCAGCUUCUGAACCUUCUGCAGCCGAGCAGACAGUCACAUCACCGCAGCGUUCUUCUCUGGCGCCACCAGCACCAACCACACCACUUGAUCUGGAGCACUCGACCCCUGCACCACAGCUCCCUGCUACGGCUGGACCAAAUGCCGUCACCCAGCCUUCGGCACGGCGACGUCCUGCACGAGAAAUGCUACGCGCAGAACAGCACGACCAGCAGCACGUCCGAAGGUCAAAGCGAACAGUCGACCCAACUUCUAUACAGCUACGGGAGCAACCAGAAAUUCUUCUGCUUGAACGCAACCACGAUUGGCCGGUGUCCAGGAUUCUGCAACAUAGAGAAGAUCAUGGCGAUUUUUAUCUUUUGGAGUGGGAGCCAACAGCCAUCGCUUCACGUUUUAUCAGCCGACGUGACGAUGGGAGACUGUUUGUUUCCAUUUCCAGCGAGGCCGAACGUGAAGAUGCUUAUAUCAGUGCAUGGAACCACACGCCAGACCUCGAUGACGACGACAGGGUGUACCUUGUCAGAUGGACGCCGACUUGGGAGCAGCGUGGCCAGCUGAAGCUGGCGGAGGAGAAGCUUCGUGAGUUCGAGGAAUGCCAUUUCGUACGCGGCACCCGUGGGCGACCUGCCGAAGUCGAGAAGCUCGACAGCCUGCAAUUCGUCCCUGAGGACGGGAAAGAUCAUCGUCUCGCGCUCCGGAACAAAGUCUCCAGCGUCGGUGGCGCGCUGUCCAAAAUCCUGGCCAGGUACCACGACGAGCACGACAGGAGACCGCUGCUCUUUCGCCCGGGCCGGCUUCGCAAAGUUAAUGCCGCACGCCAAUGUACCUUGCGAGCUCUGCUGGCUCACGUAAGAGGCAUCCGACAGACAUGGAAAUGCCACUGCUGCGAGAACGGGCAGGGCAAUUUACCGGAGUGUGUCGUGGUACAAGGUGAGUUCGGUGACGGCUGCACCAACUGUGCCAUCAGUGCGGCGGACUGGACGCGGUGCGAGUACCACCAACGAUUUGCUGGAGAUCGGUGGAUUGCAGAUGAAGCGGACACGGACGGUCUGCCCUGUCCCCGCAAUCUACUCACUCCUCCCUCUUCUGCAAUCAAUCGUGCUGGAGCUGGUCACAUUGCCGACGAUUCUCCAGGCAGCCUCAUAAGAUUUCCUUAUCACGAGCCCGCUUCGCCGUCCUCGGACCCGGAGUACACGGCUGCAAGCCCUUCAUACUCAAGCGCCAUCGCGUCCUCACCUCUCGACAUGCGAAGCAAGCGGAAGCACGCUCUAGACGGUGACCAGCCAGCCGGCGCAGGCAACUUUCCGCACUCAGGGCCAAAUGAUCAUGUAACAGACUUCCAAGUGCACAACGAAUCCUUGGAAGAUCGAACGAAGCGACGGCAUAUACCCGGAACGAACAUGCUUUCCGCCACCAACAAUCCGGCACACCCGCGCGCCAGCACAUUGCCGUCGAACCUGUCCUCCGAGGAACUAGCUCAGGCAGACAACCCACGACGUGAUUUCGCGCUCGAGUCCAUCUCACACUCUGGCCCCUCCCUUCAGCCUCAUAAGCAUUCGCCAGUAUCCGACACGUCAUCUCCUACCCUACCUGCGGUGUCUAAGAAGCGAGCAUGCACGUCCGAUGUCGAUACCGCACUCCUAUCCAGCACCUCGUCAUCGGCGCCGGCACACCUCCAGCACACUCCUCAGAAACGCCGCUGCACUUCGACCUCACAACAGGCUUACCGGCUUGCCGCCCGCCGUGACCGAGCCGCACAGAGAGCUGCCCGCCGCGACGCCGCUCGACCCGUGCUCGUUGCACUACAGGCUCUCGCGCUGGAAAACUGCCGCCAUCCAGGAUGCAAGGAACGAUGCGAAGACGAAAAGGAGGGCCACGCAUGCCGCGACCGCGUGGACAAACCCAACGAUCGCUGUCAUCGCGUCGUGCGCUCCGAUCAGCUGUUCGGCCGAGGCGAAGCAUCCGUCAAGCAAGUCUGCGGCGUGCUCCGAGAGCUGCCGUGCAGCUUGACGAAGGCGCUGCAUGAUGCGUGGGAGCACGCACAACUGCACCAUGAUCUGGCUCAUGACGAGACGAAGGAGAAUUGGAUCGCGCGGGAGAGGUGGGAGGUUCUGAACAUGGCCGUUGCUCGUUUUUGCCCGGCAGCUGCUCGGCCGCGCUCGGAUCAGGAGCGUGACGUUGUUGUGAUUGAGGACUGA